AUGGGCGUCAUUCAACGAUUGCCGCCGGACGUUGUUAAUCGGAUGGCGGCCGGCGAGAUUCUGGCGAGGCCGUGCAAUGCGGUCAAGGAGCUCGUCGAGAAUUCGCUUGACGCCGGCGCCACCGAGAUCGUCGUCACCCUUCAGAAUUCGGGUCUUAAGCUUCUUCAAGUUCAGGAUAAUGGAAAAGGAAUCGCUCGCGAUGAUUUCGAGCUCGCGUGCGAACGAUUCGCGACAUCGAAACUCGAAAAAUUUGAGGAUUUGGCUCAUAUGAAGACGUACGGAUUUCGCGGUGAAGCGUUGGCCUCGUUGAGUCAUGUUUCCAAGGUGAACAUCGUCUCGAAACAAGCCGAUUCGGCGUGUGCCUAUCAGGCGAAUUUUGUCGACGGCAAAAUGAUGGCGCCGACGAAGCCGUCGGCCGGCAAAAACGGCACGUGUGUGACGGCGACGGAUUUGUUUUACAAUUUGCCGCAACGGCGCAACAAGAUGGCGACACACAAUGAGGAGGCGAAAAUGGUUUUCGACACGAUCAUGCGAUUUGCCAUCCAUCGACCCGACGUCUCGUUUGCGCUUCGUCAGAACGCGUCGAGCGAUUUUCGGACGCGUGGCGGCGACGCGAGUCUGCGCGACGUCGUCAGCCUUCUGCUGGGACGAGACGUCGCCGACGCGCUCGUCAAUCUGCACCACGAGUCGACGCGUCUCAAAUUCGCGUUCGGCGGCGUCAUGUCGCGUCCGAUUUCGGCGGCGACGGCGAGCCUCGCGCAACACCGCAAGACUCGAAACAACGUGUUCAGCGUGUUCAUCAAUGGCCGAAGUGUGAGAAGCGAUAUUCUCAAACAGCCGCUCGACGAGGUCUUGAGCCGACGAGCGCUCGUCUGCCAGUUUUGCGCCGUCGAUUUAAAGAUCGAUGAGACGCGUGUCGACGUGAACGUGCAUCCGACGAAAAGCUCGGUGUUGUUUCUCGAGAAGGACGAGAUUGUCGACGAGAUUCGUGGCUACAUCGAAAAAUUGAUUGGCGAAAUGUUUGGCGACGCGAAAAACUCGCCGCCGCCGCCGCCACCCGCCGCCAAUCGAGAGGCGUCGCCAAAGAAUGUAUUCCAUUUCACCAACUCGAUUGAGGUCCUGCGACGAAAUUCGCUGGCGGCGACGUCGUCGUUCAAAGCGACGGCCAACUCGCAAAUCGAGAAGAAGCGCGUUGAUUAUAUGGAAAUACGCACGGAUUCGAAAGAGCGCAAAAUGGAUGAGUUUGUGGUUCGUUGCCGAACCGAUUCCGAACACGCGGUGGUAGAUCACGAAUCGAUCGAUGAGAUUUCGAUGGUGUCGAUUGGUAGUCAAGAGGCGGAUGAGAGUCAGACGAUGACGACGACACGACGAGAGUUUGAUUAUGAGUCGCUGAUGGAAUUGAGGCGCGAGAUUUGCGAGGCGGCGUCGCCGACUUUGAGAGAAAUGUUCAAAUCGUUCUCGUUUGUCGGCGCAAUCAAUCCGGAAUUGGUGCUCGUCCAGUUCGGCACCGCGCUCUAUUCGAUCAAUUUCGCCAAAUUGCUCGCCGAGUUUUUCUAUCAGGCUGCGAAUCACCUCGAUUCCGUCGCUUCUCCACCAUUUCGUGCCCCAAUUGGAGAAUCUGCCGUUUCUCGUCGGCCAACUCGUCAUCCAAGUGGACUUCGACGAGGAAAAGGAGUGUUUUUCGCGGAUUUGUCGAGUCGUCGCCGAGUUUUUCACGUUGAAUCGACGAUUUUGCGAGAAAAACGCGAGUUCAGGCGAGUGAUUUCAUUCUUAUCGAAAAAAAUUCUUGCCUGGUUUUCAGCGUUUUGCGAUGCGUCGUGGAAGCUCACGAUUUCGAAGAUUCUGAUUCCGGCGAUUCGGAAGAAGCUCAUCCCACCGGAGCGAUUCAAACAGGAGAAUGUUGUCCAGCUCCUCGCUGAUGCUCAUGAUUUGUACAAGGUUUUUGAGCGAUGCGGCACCUGA